GCUGUGAUAACGACAGAUGUCUCACAAACCGUGGGUUUAACAGGAGGGGUGAAAAGAGAAAAAACGCCCAGUCGCAGAUUGGACCUCAGGGAGAGAGUAGCACUGGCUCGAACUGAAUCACAUUCACUACUACAGGAGAAAAGAAAGUACAUUCAACGCACUUUUACGCACGGAUUUCCACAGAAGCAGAGAAGCAGAACAUCAUGGGAGGCAAGCUAAGCAAACGGAAGAAGGGAUACGAUGUCAGCGACCCUAAAGAGAAGAAAGAGGAGAGUGCUGUGGCAGCAGUGGAACCAGCUGAGAAAAAGGCAGAGACCCCUGUGAAGGAGUCGGAGGCUGCACCUCAGGAGGCUGCUGCAGUAAGUGCAGCAGCACCAGUGGUGGAGUCUGAAACGCCAGCUGAGAAGCCCGCCUCUCCUACAGCAGCACAAGCAGAGGAGAAAAAGGAUGAUCCCGCACCAGAAAAACCAGUUGCUACAACAGAGGCAUCUACUGUUGCAUCCAAGGAACCAGAAAGUGCUCCAGAGGAACCAGCAGCUCUACCAGAGUCACAAGCAGCAGAGGUACCAGCAUCUGCAUCAGAGGCAACAACUACAACUACUACAUCAGAGGCACCAGCAGCUGCAGAAAAGACAUCAGCAGCUGCACCCAAGGAACCUACAGAUGCACCAGAAGCAUCAGCAGCAGAGGAACCAGCAGCUGCACCUGAGAGUCCAGUGACAAAGGAAACUGCAGCUGCACCUGAGGAACCAGUGACAAAGGAACCUGCAACUGCACCUGAGGAACCAGUGACAAAGGAACCUGAAGCUGCACCUGAGGAACCAGUGACAAAGGAACCUGAAGCUGCACCAGCAGUAGAGGAACCUGCAGCUACACCUGAAGAACCAGCAGCUGUACCAGUAGCAGAGGAACCUGCAGUUGCACCUCAGGAACAAGCUGCUACACCAGAGGCACCAGUGACAGAGGAACCUACGGCUGCAACAGAAGAACCAACUGUUGCACCAGAGCCACCAGUGACAGAGGAACCUGUAACGCAAUCUGAGAAAUCAGAAGCUUUGGCCGAGCCACCUGCAGCUGCACCUGAGGAACAUGCAAGUGCUCCAGAGGCUGAGGAUCCUGCACCUGUGCUAGAAGAACCUGUAUUGGCACCUAAACUUGAAGCUUCGCCAGUGGAACCUGUCACAGAGGAGAUAGUAGAGAAAGUGGUUGAGGAGGUUGCAAAUACCAGUGAGUUGUCUACCGAAAUUACAGAAACCACCGAGGUCACGCCAGAACCAGAGACUGGAACUGAGGCAGCAGCUCCAGAGACAGUCGCAGAGUCUGCCCCAGUGCCUGAACCCGUUUCCGAGGCAUUGAGUGCAGCAGAGGUUGAGGUGGCUGUGCCUUCCCCAGAGGAACCCACACCAGUCGCAGAGCCUGAAUCUGAAACUCCUGCACCCCCUGAGGUUACACUAACACAAGCAAAUCCUGAGCCAUCCCCAGAGCUGACACAACCCGAACAAAGGAGUGCAGAGGAGUCCAUUCCUGCAAUCGUCAUCUUAGAGUCAACCUCAACCAAUGAGCUCUGCCUUGAGGAACCCGCCUCACCUGUCACAGAUCUGAAGCUGAAUAACGGAGACUGUGAGAGUGCUGGCUCAGCAGAGGAAUCCGUGCCGGCUCCCCCUGAGGUGAACGGGGAAUGCCAUGAGGAGGCACCAGGCGUAGCCCCCGAGGAUGUCCUUGAGUCCCCGGUUGAGGCUUGUGUAAAUGGCGUGAAGGACAAAGAACCCCCUCAAGAGCUAAAUGACUGUGAACUGAAAAAGGACUUGAGUUUGGCUGCUGACUUUCAGGGUGGCAACAUAGUAGAAGUGCCACAGUGAGUCAGCUGAGCUGUCGGCUUAAUCUGAGAAACAAACCUUAAAUGUGAAUCCCAUAUUGAUGCAAACAAACAAAUGAAACAAUCGUCUGACAACACAGGCAUUCUGAAAAUAAAUGUGAUAAAUGCCUGUUGUGUUCUCUCAGGCAAAGGAAUUUCUGGUUAACCAAAAAGAAAUACAACCACCCAAGAGCUAAGAGUGCGAGAAACAAAGAAUGAAACAGUCAGGGUAAAUGCCUAAAAGGAAAUGGGAGGGAGGAAUGAGAAAGCGAGAGUGAGAGAGAGCGGAUGGUCUUUGAAGUCUUUGUGGCCGGUGUCCUGCUGUCAUUGCAGAGGGUGAGCUUACAGGCCUGGUUGAAGAUGUAAGCCAGAGAAAUGAUGAUUAGACAUGAGCAGAAGUUUUUUUUAAAAAUGGCAGAACAGAAAUGCUGGACGGUAACAAUGGUAAAAAUGAACAGAAUCAUCUUUUGUGUGCAAAACUGAUCCAUACAUGGUUUAAUGGAUUAGCAUUUAAUAGUAUAUAAUCUAAUUUAGACCACAUUUCAUUCAUGUCACCAUGUAAUACGGAGAUUUGAGGAUGAAGCAUUUUGAACUUUUCAUGUUGGGAGAAUCAAUGGGGAAUGUUCAUUUUAACUUAAUGGCUUGGCUUAGAAAAUAAAACACUCUGUUAUACCUUAAAAAUGGUUCUUUCUUUUUUGCACUUUUGUGAAUGUUUUGCUGAAUGGAUGCAUAAGUGUGAAAAGAGUACUUCAAAUAAAUGUAUGAUGCAAUCUCA